ACUGAGAGACCCACCGUCAAGUAUGUGUAUGUAGUCUGAGUCUCCAGAUCGUGCUAUAGUUUUUAACUUUUGUUUUUAACCCCCUGUGGCCGACUUGAGAAGUGCAUUAUAACAUGCGAGUAUUGUGUGUUUUAUUGGCUGCUCUCCUUCUUUUCUCGUUAUGCCACUGCAGGAGGGUGAGCUGUCGGCGGAUGUCCUGGAGAGAGCGGUGUAGGAAAAUAAAGAAAUGUGAACGGAAACUACCAAACUUGGAGGAGAAAUGUGAUAUACGUUUCAAACGAAACGUAUUGAGACAGAUUCUUCCAGCUGACGAAUUUGAUUUGGAUUUCGAUGUGAUCCUCGACGAUUACGUUAAUAACUUUAGUAGAAGCGACAUGAUUGAAUUGUUCUCGGCAAAGAUAUUGUCAGGUCCGAUAAACACAACAGCUGCUGUGGGAGGGGUGGCAAUAUUCACGUGCACUGUGGAGGGUAACCCGGCACCCCUGACUGCCAUCUCCCCAGUGAUAGCUAGUGAGGUGUCCAGUAACUUUAUCAGCGAGAUGAGCCAGAAUAACGGGGUUGUUAGCAGAGUUAAUGUCACUAAUAUCAUUAGUCAGAUAACGAAACUAGACGAAGGGUGGUACAGGUGUGGGACUAGUAACCUAUACGGUAGUGAGACUAGGGACGCGUACCUGACAGUAAUAGACCCUUGUGAAGGGGUGGAGUGUGGUGGGAGGGAUAUGAAGUGUGUGGUGAACUAUGACACCCUCUCUGCGGAGUGUCAGUGUAGAGACUAUUGUCAGGAGAAGGGUGAUUUCUUGCCAUCCCCACUAUGUGGGUCUGAUUGCAGGACCCACUUCAACCUCUGCUCUCUUCAACAAACCUCCUGUAUUGACCAGCUAGAGAUAGGGGUUCUCUACGAGGGGAGAUGUGAGGCUGGUAUUGGUGACAUUACAGUGGAGGUUGCUGGAUAUCCUGGUCCUCUCCUCUACUACUCUGGUGAUGUGAUAGAGUUGGAGUGUGACGUCACAGGCACCUCUGUUGCUCAUAUAUCGUGGUAUAAAGUGUACCAGAGUAGCUCUGGUAACUAUGGUGACUCUGGAGAUCAUGGUAACCGUGGUGACAAUAGAUUUAUUGUGGGAAGAGGAAAAACUCUCACUCUGAAUAGAGCUCUGGUUGAUGACAGUGCGAUGUAUCAGUGUAGUGUCACCAACUGUUCCAGCAAUGUGGUGUUCUCUCAGACUGUUGAGUUAGUCAUUCUGGAAAGGUUCCAAGCCUUGACCGCCUCUAAAACCGGUCCAGUAUGUUCAGUGUUCAGCGGCUCCAGAGUCAUAACAUUUGACAGCAGCUCCUACUCCAUCACCUCUGCUUGUGACUACGUAUUAGCCAUGGACUGUGUCAUGGCCUCCUGGUUGAUCUACGGUCGUACAACACGCUGUGGAGACACUGGAGCCUGUCUGGAGAGUGUAACUAUUUACUCUGGUUGGGAUGUGGUUACUUUAAUGAGGGGUUGGGUGGUUGUUAAAGGCAGGGCGGGACGGAAAGUAGCUCUGACUCAGGGCAAGGAGAUAGUGGUGGGCAAGUUUUCAGUGCUGUUUGAUGGAUUACAUGUGACCCUGAUUUUAGCUGAUCAGGUGACUCUCACGUGGGAUGGGAUAUCUGCUGCUUACAUUCAACUCUCUAACAAACUCACACCAACCUGUGGUAUUUGUGGGGACGAAGAGAGUAACCAUGACGACAAGACCAUCAUGAGGAACCGGCAGCAGUGGAACAAGGAUGAAACUAACGUUGACUUGUUUGCUAAGAGCUGGAGAGUGGAUUCCAGAGGUCUCUGUCGGGACUCUGCUCUUCUAACUACAGAUCCAGACAAAGAACCAGAUACCAACCCCUGCGAGGACAUCUUCAACAGUCCGGUGCUCUCCAAAUGUAGACGUCACUACCCUGUAGACAGCUACAUAACCGAGUGUAAGAAGGAGGUGAGACUGAAGAGUCACGUGCUAGGAGACACUGUUCCUGUUCAGUGUUACUUAGGGGUGAAGUUUCUAGAAAUGUGCUCACUAGUACUGAAUAUCAAGGUUCCUGCUACUUUGUACGAGUUGGGGUGUCCUUCUACCCGCUUUCUUCAGCAGUAUGCUGUUUCUAUUGGAUGUCCACAGAAAAUACUACCGUUUGAUGACUAAAGUCCGUGCAAACAGCGAUGAUGUUAUUUGUGUAGCGAUUAGAAACUGGGAUGGUACUAGAGUUGAGUACAAUAAUUUGUUUUUGAUGAAGCUGACUCUUGGUGCGAAGAAGAAUUUUAUUAAAAUUUUAAAACAUUUGUGACGAACUUUCCUUUGAGUUAUUAAAAUUUAAAACUAUUUGUCAAUGUAUUUUCCAAAAAUUUGCGGAGGCGAAACAUUUUAUUCCUUUGCGAACUGUUACCGAACCACAAUUUGAAAUUUUUGGACAG